AUGGAACCUCAACAACAACAACAAAACGAGGAAGGAGGAAACGGCACGAAGAAUAACUACCUCUGCAGACAAACAAGUACGAGGUGGACACCCACAAGCGAUCAGAUAAGAAUCCUCAAGGACCUUUACUACAACAAUGGAGUCAGGUCCCCCACCGCCGAACAGAUUCAAAGGAUCUCCGCUCGUUUAAGGCAGUACGGUAAGAUCGAGGGUAAAAACGUCUUUUACUGGUUCCAAAAUCACAAAGCCCGUGAACGUCAGAAGAAGAGGUUCACCGUCGUCAAUGUCGCCGGAAAUCCUACCGCCGCAGCAGCAGCAGCAUGGAGGCCCGAUGACCCUUUUUGCAACACAUCAUCUUCUUCUUCAUCUUCGACUGGUGUGGUUGCUGUUGGGCAGAUGGGAACUUAUUGUUAUGGAUCUGUUCCAAUGGAGAAGACUUUUAGAGAAUGCUCAAUAUCAGCAGGGUGUCAUGGCAGCAACAAUAUUCCGGCAUCAAGCCAUAACUUUGGAUGGUCCUCCGGUGUGGAUUCCCAUCAUCAAUAUCCCUAUCCUUCGCCUCACGAUUUCUUCGAAAGAAAGAAAUCAUCAAAUCACAGCCACACAAAUGAUGAACAUGAUCAGAUUUACACGAUCCAGCCAAAAGAGACUCUCCCUCUCUUUCCCAUGCACGGAGAGCGUGAAGACGACAUUUCCGGCGGCCUGAUGUGGCCGGCGGCGGCUUCCGCCAGUAACUGGUUGUAUAAUGGGAAUGGCGGUUCUCGUACUUCCCUUGAGCUUAGCCUCAACUCCUAUGCUUCUGGUUCUGUUUAA